AUGGGAUCUUCUGAAAGAAUGUCUUGCUUUACUUUCGAAGAAAUCACAAAAAAAAUUAGCUCAUCCUACUCUUGUAUAUCAGAGGUCAUUCCUAACUUGACGAUUCUUUCGAAGUAUUUGAUCAAAGAAGAAGUUAAAGUGGCUUGUUCUAAUAUAAACACAAUGCGUUCGUCACUAAAAGAAGGACUGGAUAGACGUUGUCAGGGGAUUGAAGAUGACAAGUGCUAUAGUCUAGCAACACUGCUAGACCCACGCUACAAAAUGAAUUUUUUUACACCAGAUAAUGUACCAAUGAUCAGACGAACUUUCCUGGCGGAAUUUGUAAGUAGGACCAAGCAUAUUGGGUCAAGCAGUGAUGAAGAAGUUGUUCAGGUAGCACAGAGAUCCACGUCAUCAUCCAAUUGUGAAAACACACACAGAACGUUCUGGUGCUGCUACGAGGAACUAGCAGCAGUAAAGUUACCGAUAGAUGUAGAAGAAACCAAAAGUCCGAUUGCGUCAGAGCUAGACAGAUAUCUCAGUGAAGUUCUGCUACUCAAAGACCUAUGA